UGCGUGUCACCCCAAAUGGCUACGCGUGUCAGCACUGACACGCGUGUCAUAGGUUCGCCAUCACUGGUCUAACUGUAUCUCAUUUUUCAUUUGAUUUCAGUUUCUCUUAUACUGUUGCUCUUUCGUGGUAUAUAACGAUCCUAUGGAUAUCUACUCAAAAGUAAAACCCUUUAUAUUCGGUGUGUGACUUACUCCACAGAAACAAGUUGCCCUAAAGAAAUCUCGGUUAGAAAAUAAGGAGAGCUCUCCGAUGGGAAAAAUUGGUCUGAGUUCCAUUAGAAUCAGAGAAAGUGUUGUGAAAGAUAAAUGGGUUUCGUAAGAUAAUGUAAUGGAUCAAAGAAAUAAAAGGAAAUGGAGCAAUUUAUAUUGCAGCUUUGUGUGUGGGUGGAUCUGAGAGCGAGCUACUUAUUUUAGUUCACAUUUCUUCAUUAAUACGAUUUUGAAAUAUUCUGUCACAUCUUUAAACUUAAUAUAGCAGUACACUCUAAAAUAGAGUAUUAUCAUAAUGGGGCAAGUACUGUUUUGACAGCUGUGCUAGGAACUCAGUCCCUGUUCUUUGCCAUCCAGUUGUACUGCGGUUUGGUGAGUUAAUCACCAUUAAGCAAACCGUGGCCGGUUUGGUGAGUUAAUCACCAUUAAGCAAACCGUGGCCGAGUCAUCUUCGUCAGCGUUAAUUGCUUAGCCGCGUUCCCGCGAGGAGGCCAGAGCGGCCCCCGCCGAUCAGAGCGCCUGCGGACGUCCAGCUCUCUCCAUAGGGCUUUCGCCGCCGACCGUCCUGCGCCCUCCCUUUCCCUUCUUCACCUCCGCCCUCGGAGGAGAGCGAAAGCGCAACUCCGCCUCUCUCCUCCGAAGAACUCCAGGAGCGCCAGGAGGACGGGGAAGGCUGCGCCAUCACGCCCGGCGGGACAACAUGAAGCCCGACGGAAAGGUGGUGCUGCUGGGCGACAUGAACGUGGGCAAGACGUCUCUGCUCCACCGCUACAUGGAGCGGCGCUUCCAGGACACCGUCAGCACCGUCGGGGGCGCCUUCUACCUCAAGCAGUGGGGCCCCCACAACAUCUCGGUUUGGGACACGGCAGGUCGGGAGCAGUUCCACGGCCUUGGGUCCAUGUACUGCCGAGGAGCAGCAGCUGUCAUUCUCACAUAUGAUGUAACUAACUUACAGAGCAUGGUGGAACUUGAGGAUAGAUUCUUGGCAUUAACAGAUUCCGCCAGCCCAGAUUGUCUCUUUGUUAUUGCUGGGAACAAAGUUGACCUGACAGAUGCAGGUGCCUCUUUGCCAGAAUCAGAAGACAAGCAUCAGUUUGAGAAACCCUCCAACAGUUCCAUUUCUACAAAGGUGAAAAAACAAGUCCAUAUGAAUGAUGCUGCCGCAUUUUAUAGGAAAAUCCUCAAGUAUAAAAUGUUGGAUGAGGUAAAUGCUCCAGCAGCAGAAAAAAUGUGUUUUGAAACUAGUGCAAAAACUGGUUAUAAUGUGGACCAUCUUUUUGAAAAUGUAUUUGAAAUGAUACUACCGGUAAUUUUGCAACAAAAAGCUGAAGGCUUGCCACAAACAGUAGACUUAAAUAACUGCAAGACUGCUAAAAACACACACACUGCAUGCUGCAGAUAACUCUGAAUGCAUUUUUACACCAAUUGAAGGACAAUGCAGAAAAAGUUUUACAACAAUGCAAAAGUGUUACAAUACUGCAAAGAGAAAUGUUGAAUGAAGACAAUGCAAAAAUAACAAGGGCAACCAGACAAACUGCAUCUUCUAUAAAAAUGAAUUUUUGUAACAAUUACUGUAAAUGAUGUAAUGAGAAAGAAACUUCAGUGAAGGGGAGCUUGGAGUCAAUUAUUGAAAGCUUUUAAAGUCCACUGUGAUUUUUUUGCCCCCUGCAUUAAAUUUAUGAUACUAUAUGCUGUUUUACACAUGAAUCUUUAGUAUUUGUUUUGGCAAGAAGCUUUUGAUAUGAGGCAUUCACUAUGUAGAGGAAUUUAUAAAUGAAGAAAUAGAUUUCAGGAAGGAGAUAGCUGUUGAUCAGCCAUUUCACACCAUAUUUUUUCAGCAAAAUAAUAACUAAUUCUUUUCUUUUCUCCCUCCUCAUUAAUUGCAUGGUUGUGGGCCACCGGAGCCAGACCAAAAAAGGAAGUCAGAUUAAUAGAAUGGGAUUGGAUCACUGUCAAUAUAGAGUCUCAAUCAAUAUAGGCCAGACAUUUGUUAGGCAAAAAUUUAUUCCCCAUUUCUCCUAUAACAAAAUGCACCCAAAGGAAUUCACAAAGUAGUCUGCAGUUUUAGGUUAAUCUGAACUCAAGGGUGAAUUGGUGGUAUUGGAACUAAUAAUGUUUAUAAUUGUACUAUUAGCUUCAAUCUUUGAAAUUCCAGGGGCUUGAUGAGUUAUUUAUGUUCUAAAUCAGUAAGAGUGGAUACUUUGGGUUAUUAGUAGAUCAGAUUCUGGUGAAAUUAUUUAAACAUAUUUUUGUUAAAUUAUGAAUAAUUAACAGUCAUAAAAGUGGAUGUGAGUACAUGGCUAGGGGGAACAUUUAAUUUGUAAAAGUGGGUGAGGACAGGGAAGAAAAUAGAUGUGUUUUGUUAUGGAGAUGAUUGCAAUAUAACAGGAACUUGAUUGUUAGAGAAUCAAAAUUAUUUUAAUACUUUGGUUGUAAUCAGUGAUGACAAUGUAUUGGUGAUAGUAGUGAUUUUUCAAUGCUGUUGUUGGGGAAUUAUAUAAAAAUAUCAACUUAAUUUUUUUCUUGUUAGAUUACUUUUUCUAAAGAUCUGCAGUUAUCUCCACAUUUUCUGAAUGUAAAAGAAGUUACUAUGAAGCUGAUCAAUCUAUUGACACAAAACAGCUCUUUACCUCUGUCUAUUUUUUAAACUAUUUAUAUUUGCAAUAAAAUUUACUAAUUA